GUUAAUUGCAGAAACGCGUAGAAACUCAGUUAGUUUUGAUAAGUAAUUAACAGAUAAACAAAGCACUAAUGCUGCAUUAAGAAAUAAAUAAGUACUCUGAGAUCCCCCAAUUCAAUGGAAAGACCGAAUCACCGUAUCUCUUUUUCCCCCAUUUUUUAAGCAAGAAAAUCACCAUAUCUCCACCUCAUGCGUUUCUUCUGACGGUGCCGUCUUGACCGGCUUUAAGAGAGAGAAACUGAGGGGGACAGAUAUCCGCAACCGCAAGUCAGAGCUCUUCAUUGAAGAAGCUCAGAGAGGAAGAGAGAGAGAGAGAGAGAGAGGAGAGGGAAAGGCUAUAAAAAGGUGAGUUUGGAUACAUUGCAUUAGGCCUAUACAGAAUUUUUGACAGUCGGUCAUCUUCCUCGAUCGGUCGGUUUUUUGGAGUACAGAAAGGCAUGGAUUUCCUCACAGAAGAGGAGUUCUCCGAAUUCUGGGACGCUUUUUGCCUUCUUGAUAAGGAUGGAGAUGGAGGAUCUAUAACGAUGGAAGAGAUGCUGAUCAUCAUGAAAACAAUAUGGCAGAGUUCUUCAAGCAUUGAACUGAAAGAAAUGAGCAGCCAAUUUGAUUUUGAUUUUAGAGGAAGCUUUGAUUUUGGAGUUCUAUUGGAUUUGAUUAACGAAAAUGUUAAGGAAAUAAAUAAAGAAGAUGAAUUAAAGGAAGUCUUUAAAGUGUUUGAUAGAGAUCAAAAUGGUUUCAUAUCGGCCACUGAGCUAAAGAAUGUGUUGAUCAGUUUGGGUGAGAAAUUGACAGAUGAGGAGGCAGAGCAGAUGAUAAAGGAGGCAGAUUUUGAUGGCGAUGGGAGAGUAAAUUAUGAUGAUUUCGUACAUACGAUGAUGUCAAUGUAAAAAUAAAAAUAAAAAAAAUAAAAAUAAAAACUGAAGAGAUUAUUAGUCGGUGUCAAA